AUGCUCACUGUGAGGGUCUGCAGCUUCACUUCUGAAACCAGCGAGACCACGAACCCACCAGGAGGAAUGAGCAACUUUGGUUGCGCUACCUUUAAGAGCCGGAACACUGACUGCGAAGCUAAUAACACAGAAACGAGCUCCUUGUGCCCGUUGGGCAAGGGCCACAGGGAUGGGCCUCAGCCCCCGGCAGAAAAGGCUCCCCAGCUCCCGAGGGAAGUUUGGGAGCAGCCCGGGAGCUCCCAUGGGCAGGCAGUAGGCGUGACGGAAAGAGAAAAAUCACAGCUCACACCAAAUAGCCCUGGAUCCUCCCGCGUUGGGGCCGCCAUCCCUGUAUCUGACUGGAGCUGGCUUCCCAUGGAAGUAGAUGUGCCUGCCGCUGACGACCAUUCCCACUCCGACAAGGAGGCUGCAAAGGCUGUAGCACCCAGGGAUGAGGAUGAAGCAUUUUUAUUCUUCCCACUGAUGCCCUUGGGCAGUGCACAGCCUGUACCGCUGUACAGGGCAUCCGUGGGGGAGGCGGGACUUGUGGAGACACAUCAGACCAAGGUCAGCUCCAGUGUGAAUGGGGGAAUUGAGGGAACCCGAGGGCAGCAAGAGGUGGAGAGGCAUCCAAGAAAGGCCCAGAGGAUAUGUAGGCUGGGUCCCCACCAGCAGUCACCCACUCUGACUUCCCCGUUGAAAAUUAUCACUCCUCUCUCUGUGUCCCCUCAAUGCCGUACAUCGUCAGGAACUUCUACUCAUCACAAAAGGACCUCCCACGAUGGCCUGAAAAAAGACAGGAGGAGGGGCUCAGAAGAUGGCUGAUCAGACAGCUGUGUGAGCCUCACAGCCAUGGCACCCUCCCCAGAGGUUUCUGCAGCUGCCACCACCUCCUUAGUGACAGACAAGCUUGGCCUAGACAACCUCGCUGUGUGCCUGGCAGAGGACAGUCAGCCAGCAAUCAGCCCAGGGAACUCUGGCCAGAGCAACCAAACUAGGGCACAGCCCUUUGAGCAAUCCAGCAACGGUACAACCACGUUUUCCAAAAAUAAUCGAGCUUUGAGUGUUCUUCGAAGGACGAAGAGUGGGAGUGCAGUUGCCAACCGAGCUAACCAGGGCAAGGAAAAUUCUGAAAACAUCACCACCCCUGAAGUCUUUCCAAGGUUGUACCACCUGAUCCCAGAUGGUGAAAUUACCAGCAUCAAGAUCAAUCAAGAGGAUCCCAAUGAAAGCCUCUCCAUUAUGCUGAUGGGAGGCAGUGAAACCCCACUGGUCCGUAUCAUCCAACACAUUUAUCAUGAUGGGGUGAAUGCCAGAGAUGACCAGCUGCUACCAGGAGACAUCAUCCUAAACGUCAAUGGGAUGGACAUUAGCAAAGUCUCUCACAACUACGCUGUGCAUCUCCUGCGGCAGCCCUACCAGGUGUUGUGACUGACCAUGCUGCACAACCAGAAGUUCUGCAGCAGGAACAGUGGACAGGCCCUGGAUGCCUACAGACCCCAGGAUGACAGCUGCCAUGUGACUUGCAACAAAAGUAGCCCCAAGGAACAGCUUGGAAUAAAAUUGGUGUGCAAGGUGGAUGAGCCUGGGGUGUUUAUCUUCAACGUGCUAGAUGGUAGUGUGGCUGAUUGACAUGGUCAGCUGGAGGAGAAUGAUUGUGUGUUAGCCAUCAAUGGACAUGACCUUCAAUAUGGCAGCCCAGAAAGUGGUGCUUAUCUGAUUCAGGUAUUGCUGGCCCUCUUCACCACUGUAUGGACUUAUGCAAUGCCAAGAAGGUAGAAAGCUGCACUAUGAUCCAGUGUCCAGCUCUGAAAAAUGCUGCUCCUUGUGUGGUGGCAUGUUUGACUCCUACCUCUCUGCUCUUGGAAGUUGCUGGCCUAUGUUGCAUCCUGAUGGUACCAGCAGUUUUUAUCAGCCAUAAUAAUGGCAGCAGCGGGCUGUCUGGAGUAGCUGCUGCCAUCACGCUGGCUACAGCA